UCGCUAGCGGAGGCUCCAGCAGCAGCAGCAGCAGAUCAGGCGUCUCUCUGUCAAGCUUCUCGCCGAGAAACACCCACGAAAACACGCUUCAGCAAUGGCGGAGGCCCACCAGGCUGUGGCGUUCCAGUUCACCAUCACGCCAGAAGGCAUCGAUCUGCAGCUGUCCUAUCAGGCCCUGAACCAGAUCUACCUGUCCGGAGUACGAUCCUGGAAGAAAAGAGUCAGCCGCAUGAGGAACAGAGUGAUAAAGGGGGUGUUCCCUGCGAGCCCCUCCUCCUGGCUCUUUGUCGCCAUUGGGAUCCUGGCCACCAUGUACAUGCAGUCAGAUCCCAGCAUGGGCCUCAUCGCCAAGAUACAGCAGCACCUGCCGCUCAGCCUCCACGUGUCCCUCAGCGCCCAGGGUCAGACCAUGGUGUCAGCGCUGGUCUUCAGCACUCUGCUGUGGCUCUCCCUCAUCCUGGCUCUCAGGUUCUGCCUGAAGCUGCUGCUCUCCUACCACCAGUGGAUGUUUGAACAGCACGGCCGAAUCUCCAACACCACGAAAGUCUGGGUGACUCUGGUGAGGUUGUUUUCAAGCAGGAAGCCUUUGCUGUACAGCUAUCAGACCUCUCUACCUCACCUGCCUGUUCCUACCAUCAAAGACACACUGAGCAGGUACUUGGAGUCAGUGCGCCCUCUGCUGACUGAUCCAGAGUUUGAACGGAUGACACGCCUGGCCAAUCAGUUUGAGUCCAACCUGGGGAACCGCCUGCAGCGCUACCUAAAACUUAAAGCUCUGUGGGCCACCAACUAUGUGAGUGACUGGUGGGAGGAAUACAUCUACCUGAGGAGCCGAAGUCCCAUCAUGGUCAACAGCAACUACUACGGCAUGGAUUUUCUGUACGUGACACCGACCCCAGUGCAGGCGGCCAGGGCAGGAAACACCAUCACCGCCCUGCUGCUUUACCGCCGCAAGGUCAACCGAGAGGAGCUCAAGCCGAGUCGUGUCCCAGGUACCGUCAUCCCUCUGUGUGCUGCUCAGUGUGAGAGGAUGUUCAACACAACGCGCACACCGGGAACUGAGACUGAUGUGCUCCAGCACUGGCAGGACAGCGAGUUCGUGGCGGUGUACCACAAGGGGCGCUUUUUCCGCCUGUGGGUCUACCGGGCCGGCCGGCUGCUGUCCCCCAGGGAGAUCGAGUACCAGAUUCAGAAGAUCCUGGAUGACCCUUCACCCCCGUUACCUGGAGAGGAAAAACUGGGAGCUCUCACUGCUGGAGACAGGAUUCCUUGGGCUCAGACGAGGAAGCAGUACUUCAGCUCUGGUGUCAAUAAGCGAUCGCUGGAUGCCAUCGAGAGGGCGGCCUUCUUCAUAACCUUGGACGACGAGGAGCAAGGCAUGAAGGGAGACGACCCGGCAGGAAACUUGGACCGCUAUGCCAAGUCUCUGCUCCAUGGGAAAUGUUACGACAGCCAACUCUACACCCUGGCCACUGAUGCCUUUCAGCUGGGCUACACCGAGGACGGACACUGCAAAGGCGAGGUGGAGCGCUCACUGCCCCACCCUCAGAGACUCGUCUGGGACAUCCCCUCAGAGGUUCAAACUCAGGCCCUCAGCUCUCUGGCUGUUGCCCAGGCGCUGGCGGAUGACGUGGACUGCCAUGUGUUCCCCUUCAGAGAGUUCGGAAAAGGACGGAUCAAGAAGUGUCGGAUCAGCCCCGACGCGUUCAUCCAGAUCAGCCUGCAGCUGGCGUACUACAGGGAUCGCUGUGGUUUCUGUCUAACCUACGAGGCAUCGAUGACCCGUCUGUUCAGGGAGGGCCGGACGGAGACCGUGCGAUCCUGCUCCAACGAGAGCUCUGCCUUCAUCAAAGCUCUGGAGGCUGGAGAGGGAGAGGAGAAAUGCAGACGUCUCUUCCGACUGGCUUCUGAGAAGCACCAGAACCUUUACAGGAUGGCCAUGACCGGAGCGGGAAUUGACAGGCACCUGUUCUGCCUCUAUGUGGUGUCUAAAUACUUGGGGGUGGACUCGCCUUUUCUCAAAGAGGUUUUGUCUGAGCCUUGGCGCCUGUCGACCAGUCAGACCCCCGUUCAGCAGAUGGAGCUGUUCGAUCUGAAGAACCACCCGGACUACAUAUCACUCGGUGGAGGAUUCGGACCCGUUGCUGAUGACGGCUACGGGGUUUCCUACAUCAUUGUGGGUGAGGACAUGAUCAACUUCCACGUGUCGUCCAAGCACUCCUUCAGUGAGACUGACUCUCACAGGUUUGGAGCUCAGAUAAGCAAAGCUCUCCAAGACAUCAUGACGCUCCUCUCAGCUGACACCAAAACACCUUCCAAAGGCGCCGCUCAGUCUCAGUCCAAGAAGCUGCUUUAAACGCAGCUGCACAGAUAUUUCCCCCCCCGAGGGCCCGUCAUCCUGAACGCAUGGUGGCAAAAGCACAACAAGACAGAAACGGUGAAACUAAAUCAAAGGGAAAUCUCAGCCAACUUAGCUAUUGACUCGCACUGAAGAAGCAAAGAUCCCCUAAAUGCCAGACAAGUGAUCUGCGGUUCUCACCUUCCAUUAGACCACACACAAAAACAAUCAACAGCUCCACCGGUCACACGGCUGCCACGCCUCGACUCAAUCUUAUGAGCUGCAUUCUUUAAUUU